GUGACAGAUUCGGGGAAGCCUCCUUUGUCAUCCUCCUCCAUACUCACAAUCAGGGUGAUUGAGGAGAGCCUCCAUCGACCAGUAGCAGUACCACUGGACAUUCAUAUUGUUACUAUGGAGGAUGAAUUUCCUGGUGGUGUGAUUGGUCAGCUACAUGCCACCGAUGCUGACCCUUAUGAUGUUUUGACUUUUGGUCACGCUCCUUCAGCUCAACGUAGUCUCUUUAAGAUUAGUCCUCAUGAUGGAAAGAUCAUAGCCCUGGGUGGUUUGGAUGCAGGCAGGUACUUUCUUAAUGCUAGUGUCAGUGAUGGCCGCUUUGCUGUUCCUGUACCCGUAAGUGUGCAUGUGGAGCAGGCAACACCAGACAUGUUGCGUGAAGCAGUGACAGUGCGUUUUGAGAGAGUGGCACCACAAGACUUUGUGACGUUGUACUUGAAAAGCAUGUUAAAUGUGCUCCAGCAGUGUGCUGCUACUCAACAGCAGGACUCACUGCAUUUGCUAAGUUUGCAGCCAGUUGGAGGGACGCAACAGCUGGAUAUGCUCAUCACCAUGGAAAAAGCAGGUGGUGGAUACUAUAGGGCAGCCUACCUCACCCAAAAACUAAGUGCAUCACGGCGAAACCUGGAGGAAGUGCUUAGAGUGUCAGCUAUCCUGGAUAAGAACUGUUCUGGAUUAGACUGUCGUGGGGCUCAGUGCGAACAGAGCAUUGUCUUGGAUUCACACAAUCUCGCUACAUAUAGUAACCCACGGGUCAGCUUUGUCUCACCUCGCUUUCACCGGACCUCACGCUGUACAUGCAAUGAUGACAGCUGUUCUGUCCUGUCAGAACAAUGCGAGGACCAACCCUGUCCACCAGACAUGCAGUGUGUUUCAAUAGAGGCCAAUAGAGGGCGUUAUGCAUGCCAGUGUCCACAAGGCAAACUUGGAGAGUGUGCAGGACAUUCAUCUUUGAGUUUCUCAGGUAACAGCUACAUCAAGUACAGACUCUCUGGCCAGCUGCAAACAGAGUUGAAACUGAGCCUGAGGAUCAGAACACUGCAGAGCCAAGGAAUUAUCAUGUACACACACACUGAGCCCUGCACUGUGCUUAAGUUGGAGGAUGGGAAGCUGUGGUUCCAGUUGGCUUGUGGCCUUGGUGGAAAUGAUGACAGCCCUGACAUGCUGGGCAUCUCGGGUCGUCGUAUCAAUGAUGGGAGCUGGCACACAAUGGCACUUGAACUGAAUCGCAACUUCAGCAGCUUGGCACUUGAUGACAGCUAUGUUGAACGACGCCGUGGACCAUCAUUUGUACAGAGACUACCUACAACUAUCUUCUUUGGAGCACUGGUGCAGCCCCCAAACUCUCGUAGCCUCAUGGAAUUCCAGAAGGACCCCCGGGUGCUUUAUGGAUUCCAAGGUUGCCUGGACUCUGUAAUGCUGAACAACAAUGAGCUCCCAUUGCAGAACAAACGUUCGCAGUAUGCAGAGGUGGUGGGACUGACAGAGCUGAAACUGGGUUGCAUUCUCUACCCUGAUGCAUGUCUGCAGCAGCCAUGUCACAACGGAGCUACUUGUACAAGUCUACCUGCUGGUGGGUUCUCAUGCAGUUGUAAACCCCAGUACACUGGGGGGCACUGUGAGAUGGAGAUAACAGCAUGUGUUCCCAACCCGUGUCAUAACGGCGGUGUGUGUAAGCCCAUUGGCAAUGCAUUUCUUUGCAGCUGCAGGAGAGGCUUCAGGGGCCUGACUUGUGAGGAAGAUGUGAACGAAUGUGACCGCAGGAAUCCAGAGGGGGAGUGUGAGAAUGGUGGCACCUGCAUCAACACUCACGGCUCCUUCUACUGUAACUGCACGGCAGGCUUUGUGGGUCAGCGCUGUGGCCUGAGGCCUGUUGUUGUCCCCGACAUGCAGGCUGGUCAUGCUGUGGUUGGUAGGGAGGAGCUUAUUGGCAUUGCUGUCGUACUUUUUGUCAUCAUCACCCUCAUCAUCCUCUUCAUUGCAUUCCGCAAGAAGGUCUUCCAGAAAAACUACUCGCGGAACAAUCUAUCUCUGGUGCAGGACCCAGCCACUGCAGCACUCCUUAACAAGGCCAAUGGUGUUCAGUUUAAGACCUUACACUGCACCUCAGGAGACCCUCUCAACCUGUACUCAGAGCCAGGUAUGGAGUCUGCCAUGUUGGGAGGGGGUGGGAUGAUGGGACCUCCACAGGUCCCUGUGAGACCCAUGGCAUACACGCCCUGUUUCCAAGGAGACCCACGUUCCACGCUAGAGAAGAUGGCAGAUGGACGCAGUGUGGAACAUACAGAGAUGAGUACCUUUCACCCUGAGUCACCAAGGAUCCUUUCAGGAACCACUAGGAGAGGGGUGGUGGUGUGCAGCGUGGCCCCCAACCUUCCACCAGUCUCACCAUGUCGCUCAGACUGUGACUCCAUAUGCAAGAGCCCAUGGGAUAAUGAUGAGUGUAAGGUGGGCGACAUGGCAGAAGAAGUAACAUGUUUCUCAGGAAGCAACAAAGGCAGUAACUCAGAGGUCCAGUCACUGAGCUCCUUUCAGUCUGAUUCUUGUGAUGACAAUGCCUCCAUAGUGACCGUCAUUCGACUGGUAAAUGAUGCAGUCGACACAAUCGAAAGUGAAGUGUCAGAUAUGGACCAAGGUCAAACCUUCAAUAGAGCAUAUCACUGGGAUACAUCAGACUGGAUGCCAAGCCCGAGGCUCUCAGACAUUGAAGAGGUGCCAGGCUACGAGGCAAGUCAUGGAAACGAAGUAGCAGGCUCGACCCCUUGCCUUAGCGAAAGUACUCGAGAACUGGAGUCAGAUUACUAUCUAGGGGGCUAUGACAUCGACAGUGACUAUCUCCCUCCCCACGAAGAAGAGUUCCUUAAUCAAGACCAACUGCCACCUCCACUACCCACAGGUGAGGAUUAUACUGAGCCCUAUGCACCAUUUUCUACCAAUACACCACUUUCCAAGGAGAGCACACUGAGCACAAGGCAUCAGCAUGCCAGACCAUAUUUCCACCCUAGCCAGUACCUACCUCCCCAUCAAAUACCCACUGGGGAGGUGCCAAAUGAAGUUUUUAGCUCUUCAGUGAGUGGGCGAACACCAGGAAAUGGGGACACUGAUGACUCUGUGUCCCGAAGUAUCCGACUGUCCGUUGGUGCAUCAUCAGCCUCAGACAUGUCAACCCCCUGUGGGCUGGAUGACUCUGAACAUGGCAGUGACUUUGACAGUAUGGAUGAGCUUCAUCGAGGGGUGACCAUCAUCACGGACUCACAGCAACAGACUGAGGUGUGAUUAGCUAUACAGCACAAGAGUACCAACCAGUGGGAGCAUAGCAGUUGUGCAGAUAGAAGAUGCAAAGGAUUCUGUUAUGACUGGGCAAGGUAAACUUCUUCAGCAGUACUAGGUACUGCUACAACUAUAUACAUUAACAGUAAUUUAAAAAAAAAAAAAUCACCAUUUCACCUCACUGAACUGUGACCAACAGAAUAACAAUAUUAACUGGAUUGUCAGUUCUAACCCCACUGUGUAGACCAGUUAGGAAUGAUUUUCCUACUGUAAUAGGAAUUACUUGGAAUAUGAAAAGAAUGGGAUAGAGAAUGUGAACAUGAAAGAAUGAUUAUGGACGUGGUAGACAGAUUUAAAACAAACAAAACUAAAGGGACAAUGAUUUAAGUGACACAUUUGUAUGUUUUUUUUGGUCCUUCGCAGAAGCCCAUCGGACAAUUUUUUUUCUAUUUAAAACAAUAAAAUAAAAUUUAAAAAAUGUAAAUUUUCCUCCAUGCUUUGUAAACUUUGUAGUGUGCUGAACUGUACAGACUGUAAAGUAUUUUGACCUCACUGGUGAAAAGUAUGAAAACAUACUUUAAAAGCCAUUUUUGUUUCAAUGUAAAAUGUGCCCAUCCACACCUCACCUGUAUGCUCCCUGCUCCAAAUCUUUAAAAGACAAUUACAUUUCAAACUUUCUCUUUCCUUAGCUUGAAAAUUAAAUUUUUCAUGAUUUUUUUUAAAAAUUCUGUUGUGUGGAUGCCAAAAGCUGCUGUAGUUGUUAAUGUAUGAUAAAAUCUAUUAUAAUAAAUUGUACUAAAAAUUGA